AGCCGCAUCUGGCUGUCACCAGUACUGCUGCUGCGGUUCCACGGCAUGCCCGUACACACACCGGGACUAACGGAGCGGAUUUUAACCACAAGGGUACUAUGUCCGAGGUGCGAAAAUUCACCAAGAGGCUGAGCAAACCCGGUACGGCUGCGGAAGUCAGGCAAAGCGUGUCGGAGGCUGUGAGGACCUCGGUGGUUGUGGAGCAGCCAAAGAUAAUUGAGCCAUUGGACUAUGAGGCCGUGGUGUUUCAGAGAAAGGCCCAGAUCCACAGUGACCCCCAUCGAGACCUGCUGCUCUGCCCUGUCGAUGAUGUCUCGGAGUCCCAGCUCUCCCGGCAGAGGAGGACUGUGGUUCCCUCGGUGCCCCAGAAUGCUGAGCGGGAAGCCAGAAGUCUGUUUGCCAAAGAGUGCAUCAAGAUGUACAACACCGACUGGCACGUAAUCAGCUACAAAUAUGAGGCUUACUCGGGUGAUUUCCGAAUGCUGCCAAGCAAGGGCCUGAAGACAGACAAGCUGCCGACUCACGUGUUUGAAAUCGAUGAAGAUGCCAAAGACGAGGACUCAUCGUCGCUGUGCUCCCAGAGGGGAGGCAUCAUGAAGCAGGGCUGGCUACAGAAAGCCAACAUCAACAGCAGCCUGUCUGUCUCCAUGAGGGUGUUCAAAAGGAGGUACUUCUACCUGUCCCAGCUGCCUGAUGGCUCCUAUAUCCUCAAUUCCUACAAGGAUGAGAAGAACUGCAAAGAAACUAAAGGAUCCAUCUACCUGGACUCAUGCAUAGACGUCAUUCAGUGCCCAAAGAUGCGGCGGAACUGCUUCGAACUGAAGAUGCAGGAGCGCUACAGCCACUUCCUGGCAGCAGACAGCGAAGCAGAGAUGGAGGAGUGGGUGGUCACGCUGAAACAGGCUCUGCAGAGCAGCAUCGAGGCUGGGCAGGACAGGAGGAAUGGUGGGGACUCACUGGACUGUGUCCUGGAUGACGACACCAGCAGCCAGGGUAAAGGGGACAGUCUGAUGGAGAGUUUGGGGAGGAGCUUACACCCUGAACUUUUGAAGUACGCCAGGGAAACAGACCAGCUCAAUAAAAUCAACAGGAAUGAAGGCAGACAAAAGCUUUUCUCUCUGGAUCCUGAGACACAGAGGCUGGACUUCUCAGGCAUCGAGCCAGACGUCAAGCCGUUUGAGGAGCGAUUCGGCCGUCGCGUUGUGGUCAGCUGCCACGACCUGACCUUCAGUCUUCAGGGCUGCGUCACUGAGAAGGGAGACGGCGUCCUCACCAAUGUGGAGCCGUUCUUCAUCAGCCUAGCUCUCUUUGAUGUUUCCAAGAGCUGCAAGAUUUCGGCCGACUUCCACGUGGACCUCAACCCGCCCUGCGUGAGGGAGAUGCUGACCGACGCCUCCGGCCAGCUCUCCCCUUCCUCAGACUCGGAGGGAGGUGGUGGAGGAGGACUUGUGGAGGGAGGCGGGGGAGGCGGAGUCGUGGUGAAUGGAGACACGGGGAAAGGGAACAGCCUGCCUGUUCUCCAGAGGGUGUCGGAGUCUCUGCUGCGCUUCCCGACUCAGGGGAUCUUUUCAGUAACCAAUCCCCAUGCUGACAUCUUCCUGGUGGCCCGUGUGGAGAAGGUUUUACAAAAUGGCAUCACACACUGUGCUGAGCCGUACAUCAAGACCUCUGACAUCAACAAGACUGCUCAGAAGGUGCUCAAAGCUGCCAAGCAGACAUGCCAGCGCCUAGGCCAGUACAGGAUGCCAUUUGCCUGGGCUGCCAAGCAGGUGUUUAAAGAUGCACAGGGCAGCCUGGACAUGGAUGGGAAGUUUUCUCCUUUGUACCGCCAGGACAGCAGCAAAAUCUCCACUGAUGACCUCAUCAAACUACUGGCUGACAUCAGGAAGCCUGAGAAGAGCAAACUUCAGAUCAUUCCUGGACAACUUAAUGUCACCAUCGAGUGUGUCCCACCUGACUUCUCCAACACAGUGACCUCCUCCUACAUUCCCGUCAAGCCCUUUGAGGAGGAGUGUGAGAGGGUGUCAGUGGAGAUGGAGGAGUUCCUCUCUGAGGAGGCCAAGUACAGCUACCCCUUCACCACCUACAAGAACCACCUCUACAUCUACCCCCUGCUGCUCAAAUAUGACAACCAGAAGACCUUUGCCAAGGCUAGAAACAUUGCGGUCUGCAUCCAGUUCCGAGAUUCAGAUGAAGAGGGUGCUGGCCCUUUAAAGUGCAUCUAUGGCAAGCCAGGAGAGUCACUCUUCACCAGCAGCAUGUAUGCAGCCGUCCUGCACCACAACCAAAGCCCAGAGUUCUACGACGAGAUAAAGAUUGAGCUUCCGGUCCAUGUGCACGAGAAACACCACAUCCUCUUCACCUUUUACCACAUCAGCUGUGAGUUCAGCAGCAAGACUAGUACCAAGAAGAGAGAGGGAGUAGAAUCUUUGGUGGGCUACUCCUGGAUGCCCCUGUUGAAGGAUGGCAGGAUGCAGUCUACAGAGCUCCAGCUCCCUAUUGCUGCCACACUGCCUCCUGGAUACCUGUGGGACAAGAGUCAGGACUCCAAGAAGCAGUCCCAACCAGAUGUAAAGUGGGUGGAAAAUGCCAAGCUGCUGUUCAAAGUCAGGAGCCAUGUAGCAUCGACAGUAUACACUCAGGACCUGCAUCUACACAAGUUCUUCCAGCACUGCCAGCUGAUGAGGACGACCUCAGAGGGCAACCCAGCAGAACUCAUCAAAUAUCUGAAGUGCCUGCACGCCAUGGAGACUCAGGUUAUCAUCAACUUUCUGCCUACUGUGCUGAUGCAGCUGUUUGACGUGCUCACAACGGCAACCAAAGAAGCCCAUGAGAUUGCAGUCAACUCUCUCCGUGUGAUCAUACACAUCGUCGCCAGAUGUCACGAGGAAGGACAAGAACACUACCUGCGCUCUUUCCUUAAGUAUGUGUUUGUGACCAGCAACCCUACGUCAGGGAACUCAGCGACCACUCAUGAGGUCAUGGCCACUGCAGUCACAGCCAUCCUCAAGCAGACCGCUGACUUCAACACCAGCAACAAACUGCUCAAGUAUUCCUGGUUCUUCUUUGAAACCAUGGCCAAGUCCAUGGCCCAGUACCUGCAGGAGGGAAACCGGUUUAAGAUGCCACGAGCCCAGCGUUUCCCAGACAGUUUCCACCAGGCGCUGCAGUCUCUGCUGCUGUCCAUCAUACCCCACAUCACCAUCCGCCAUGUGGAAAUCCCUGAGGAAGCACGCUGCAUCAACCUGAGCCUGGCAACCUUCAUCAAGAGGUGCCUGACCUUCAUGAACAGGGGCUUUGCCUUCAGCCUGGUCAACGACUAUAUGUGUGGCUUCAGCCUCAAAGAUCCCAAGGUGCUGACUGAAAUGAAGUUUGAUUUCCUGAUGACGGUGUGCAACCAUGAGCACUUUAUCCCCCUCAACCUGCCCAUGGCGUUUGGGCGCACCAAACUUCAGAGGGUACAAGAUUUAAUUUCAUACGCGUCGGAGUUCUUUGGCGCAGUAGAGCAGAGCCUAGAGUUCAGCCUAACAGAGGACUACUGCCGCAACCACUUCCUGGUGGGUCUGCUGUUGAGGGAAGUGGCCGAGGCCUUGCAGCAGGGGCCGGAGGUCCGACAGCUUGCGGUGGCUGUGCUCAAGAACCUGCUCAUUAAACACGCCAUGGACGACCGCUACACAGCCUACAAGAACCAGCAGGCCAGGAUCUGUCUGCUUUACCUUCCUCUUCUGGAGCUGCUCUAUCAGAACCUGAAGCAGCUGUCUGCCCAGCCGCACACUUCCAGCCCUGGUCUCGGCCUCACUGGCUCCAGAGAUGACCUGAUAUCAACCAGCUCCACAGACAGCAGGAGAAUUAGUACUGCCAUCGACAAAGACCACAGUCUAAUAGCCCAGAACGGCCAUGUUGUGAGGAGAGAAGACUCCAGGGGCUCUCUGUUCAUGGACCCAGGAACUCCUGACAGCACAGAGCUGCAGAGACGUGGCUCCACCAUGAGCAGCAGCCCCCUGCCUCCCAUUGGCAGACUGGGGCAGUAUGAGAUCAAGGGCCUGCUGCUCUGCUUCUUGCAUAUUAUCAGGACCUUAUCGGAGGAUACCCUGUUGGCUUACUGGAACAAGGUCAAUCCUCAAGACAUCAUGAACUUCCUCAGUCUGCUGGAAAUCUGCCUGGUCCAGUUCCGCUACAUCGGAAAGAGGAACAUUGGCCGGAGUCAGGAUGUGUGUGUAUCGAAGCUGUUCUCCUCGGACCGGAAGUCUCAGACCAUGCCGGCUAUGCGCUGCAACCGAGCCAGUCUCAUGCAGACUAAGAUACACCAGUUCAGCACCAUGGAAACCUCCCUCACUCUCAAUAUAGGAAUGGGGCCAUCAGAGGCAGAGAUCCACCAUCAGGCUCUGCUGGAGGGUAACAUUUCCACUGAAACUUGCCUCAGUGUGCUGGAUGUCCUCUCUUUCUUUACUCAGUGUUUCAAGACCCAGCUGCUGGACAGCGAUGGUCACAACCCCUUGAUGAAGAAAGUGUUCGAUGUCUACCUGACCUUCCUCAAAGUCAACCAAUCAGAAGCUGCCCUCAGACAUAUCUUUGCCGCCCUCAGGGCUUUCAUCAACAAGUUCCCAUCGGUGCUGUUUAAGGGCCGUGUGACGCUGUGCGAGGCCCUGUGCUACGAGGUGCUCAAGUGCUGCGUCUCCAAGCUGGGGUCGCUGAGGGCCGAGGCCUCAGCCCUGCUCUAUCUGCUGAUGCGAAACAACUACGAGUACACCAAGAGGAAGACCUUUCUUCGCACACACCUGCAGAUCAUCAUCGCAGUAAGCCAGCUGAUUUCCGAUGUAGCGCUGACUGGCAGUUCACGCUUCCAGGAAUCUCUCUCCAUCAUCAACAACUUUGCCAACAGUGACAAGGCCAUGAAGUCCACAGCGUUCCCCUCAGAAGUGAAGGGCCUCACUAAGCGGAUCCGUACGGUGCUCAUGGCCACGGCCCAGAUGAGGGAACACGAGAAAGAUCCGGAGAUGCUGCUGGACCUCCAGUACAGCCUGGCCCGGUCCUAUGCUAGCACUCCCGAGCUGAGACGUACCUGGCUGGACAGCAUGGCCCGAGCUCACCUCAAGAACGGAGACCUGUCUGAGGCGGCCAUGUGUUACGUCCACAUAGCUGCCCUGGUCGCAGAAUACCUGCACAGGAAAAAGCUGUUCCCCAGUGGGCUUGCAGCUUUUAAGAAGAUUACAUUCAACAUUGAUGAGGAAGCAGCAAUGAAAGAAGACACUGGCAUGCAAGAUGUCUAUUACACUGAGGAAGUCUUGGUUGAACACCUUGAAGUGUGUGUGGAGGCAUUAUGGAAAGCUGAGCGCUAUGAGCUCAUCACGCAUAUCGCCAAACUCAUCAUUCCCAUCUAUGAGAAACGCCAUGAGUUUGAGAAACUGAGCCGUCUAUAUGAUACCCUGCACAGGGCGUACAAUAAGAUCAUGGAAGUGAUGCAGUCGGGCCGCAGGCUGCUUGGGACCUACUUCCGGGUGGCCUUCUAUGGACAGGGUUUCUUCGAGGAGGAGGAUGGGAAGGAAUACAUUUACAAGGAGCCCAAGCUCACGGGCCUGUCUGAAAUCUCUCAGCGGCUGCUCACUCUCUACGGAGAAAAAUUCGGGGCAGAAAACGUCAGGAUAAUUCAGGACUCCAACAAGGUCAACCCCAAAGAUCUGGACCCCAAGUUUGCCUAUGUCCAGGUGACCUUUGUCAAGCCAUACUUUGAGGAAAAGGAAGCACCAGAGAAGAAGACGGACUUUGAGAAGUGCCACAACAUCAGCCGCUUUGUGUUCGAGACACCAUACACACUGACGGGCAAAAAGCACGGCGGGGUGGAGGAGCAGUGCAAGAGGAGGACCGUGCUAACAACCUCCAACACCUUCCCCUAUGUGAAAAAGCGUGUGGAGGUGGUGGGGGAGAAGCAGGUGGAGCUGAAGCCGGUGGACGUGGCUAUAGACGAGAUGCGGGCACGCACGGCUGAGCUCACUAAGCUCUGCUCCAGCCAGGAGGUGGACAUGAUCCAGCUGCAGCUCAAACUGCAAGGCUGUGUCUCUGUGCAGGUGAAUGCAGGUCCCAUGGCCUAUGCCAGGGCAUUCUUGGUUGACAGUAAAUCCAACCAGUCUGGCAACAAGAAAGCUAAAGACCUGAAGGAGAUUUUCAGGCGUUUUGUCCAGGCAUGCAGCAUGGCUCUGGACAUCAAUGAGCGUCUGAUCAAGGAGGACCAGUUUGAGUACCAUGAGGGCCUGAAGGCCAACUUCAAAGACAUGGUCAAGGAGCUGUCGGACAUUAUCCAUGAACAGAUCUAUCAGGAGGAUAUGAUGCGUUCGCUUCUACAAAACUCCCUUCACGUGUUUCGUGCCAUCAGCGGGACGUCCACCGACCUGGGCUGACCUCCGUCCUGCCCGUCUCCUUCCCUCCAGCUGUCCCGCCCGCUGCUAAUGCCCCCUCCUAUCACCUCAGAGAAGCUAAAGUGAAGCUGCUGCGUCGGUGCCAGCUAGAGGCCUGCAGACUUCCAGAUAUGGAUGACUGAAUAAAAGUGAAGCACUUCCCUGUCCUGCAUCACCCCUAGCCAAGCUUUGCCAAAAUACCGUGAAGAUGCCGCUCAGGCGUACUUUCCCUCCCUCCUUGCAGGGAUGUAGUUGCUUUGGGACAGAGGAUCACACUGCAGUGUUUGGGUAUCAAUAAUAAUCAAACCACAGCAGCAGUGUUUGUUAAGAAUGUAUCGCAGCAAGAGCGACUGUCUGUCAGCAUGUUAGGUUGAAUGCUGAGCCAUUUUAGGUUGCAUUGCACUUUGUAUUCUGCCUUGGUGACAAACAGGAAUGACUUGUUCUUCAGAGGGAGAUCUUAAAGCUGUCUCUCUCUUUUUUUUUUUUUUUAAACACUCGACUGUUUUAAUGAAAAGAAAAAAAAAAAACUAUGCAGGCCACCUUUUUCCACUCCAGACAUUAUCCAGAAGUAGUUCAGUCUCAUGUCAACAUCAAGAACUCAAAGUAGCAUCUUCCUAUUGUCUUUGUGUGUGUGUUGUGCUAGGCUAACAAGUGGAGCAGCACACCAGUGUGUAGCCAGGACUGAUGACACAAGCCACAGCUAUGAUCCUCCCAGACUGAGGGAUUUUUCUUAAGCCAAAUGAGCUGGGGUAGCAGACUAAGAAGGAUGAAUGCAAAAAUCCCACUUGUUGAUUUAAAACCAUGAUAAAAGUGAUCAUUUUUAAAGUCAUAAGACAACUUUUGAUGUCAUCAGGAUUUACAGACCAGAUUGGCAGUGGUGUACUUCAGUUGAAAUGCCACAACUAUCAGUGUUAACAUUGGCCUAUAGGAAUGUGUUUGAGCAAAUCAAGUGCUUGAAAUGAUUAUGAUAAGAUACUUUAUCAGAGCCUCAAAACAAUCAUUGUAUUGACAUGCUGUAUGGGCUCUUUUUAUACGUUUAGGCCUUUAAAAUUAGUACAAGGUGAGAUUUUGGGUCGGAUAAACUGCGACCACAUUUGCUUUCCAAAGUAAUUGAAGAGCUCCUCUCUUCUGGGAUAAGAUCCAGUGCCUUUGUGCUCUGCCUUGGGAAAAGGCUCCUGUAUUUCAAGUAAUAAGAACUUCACCAACUUGCUGGUAUUUUUCCCCCACAGCAUUUCACAAGUGCUACACUGAAAUUAGCAGAUAGAUUAAUAAUAUUAUGUAGAUGUACAUAAUUUAUUGUCACACUGUAAAUGAAACCCUGUAUCUGUGUAUGUUUGUAUGUAUGUAUGUAUGUAUGUAUAUUUGUAACAUUUUUGGACCAGAGUCUGGUCCAAAACCUGGCUCAUAAGCAGAGAGAAAUUAUCCUUGCAAUGAGGUAUCUUGGUUGUUGUGUUUGCAUUUUAUUUUGUAUCGCAUUGUAUACUGAAGUGCAGCUGCCUGUCAAACAUACUUUGUAAAGCCAUUUUCUUUUUCUAUUAAAAAGUUGUUUUGCAACACA